AUGGAGGAGUCUCCUCCGAAGCCGUGGCAGCAACAGCUGCAGAGGCCGCUAGCUCUGCCCUUUACCAUGAGCAGUAGCAGUGGUGCUGACAGUCUCUCUCUGGCCCCUACUACGCAGCCAGUAGUAGCACCUGCCCAGCCUGACGGCAGAAGCAACACAGGGGUUGCGUUGUAUGAGCAGCAGGCAUUAGCUGGAUCCGAAGGAUCUGUCUUUGCAAGUGGCUUUGGCGCCGGUGGAUAUGGGGGCCCCCUUGGGGGGUACUAUUCGGGUGGCUCUGGGUAUUACGGGGGCCCCUAUGGGGGCUACGGCGGGUGGAGCUACGCAGGCUAUGGCGGCCCCUCCUACCUGAGCAGCACAAUGGAGAGUCUGGCUCGGGUGUCUGCGCUUCUGCACGCCCAGGGUUUCUUUCUUGAUCAUAUCUACUCGCACACGUCUCGGCUGCAACAGCGUGUGGUGUCUCUGCGCAUGUGCAUGCGCUCGCUCUCGGGUGCUGCUGCAGCUGCCGCUACAGCGACACGCGGGAGAAUUGCCGAAUACUUGCGUGGUGUCUAUGUGAAAGCCCGCGAAGGCGCUGCUGCCGCUGCUACCACGGCUGUCGCCGUCGCUGUCGCUGCUCCCGAUGUGCUUGCUCGGCAGCAGCAACAGCUUCUGCAGCAGUUGCUGUCGGAAGUGUGCCUCCCAGAGGAUGAGUGCAGCACAGCCGACACCAGCAGCAAUGGCAGCCAGAGCACCACUGAGGAUGAGGACGAGCUCCAGCAAGGCGGCUGUGAUGCAGAGGCGCGUUCUAUUCGAGAGGCACUCGUGCAGCUUGUUAAAAGAAUCAGGCGGCUUUCGCUGUUGUUUCUAAUUUUGCUGGCUCUCAAUUUAAUGCUCUUCGCCAGAAGGCGGAGGCGGAGCAGAGGCGAAUGA